UUUUAAAAUAUGUCUUUGUUUUGUCUCUCUAGGAAAACUAUGAUGAUCCCCACAAAACUCCUGCUUCUCCAGUUGUCCAUAUCCGGGGGCUGAUUGAUGGUGUUGUGGAAGCUGAUCUUGUGGAGGCCCUGCAGGAGUUUGGGCCCAUCAGUUAUGUGGUGGUGAUGCCUAAGAAGAGACAGGCCCUGGUGGAGUUUGAGGAUAUUCUCGGCGCCUGCAAUGCUGUGAACUAUGCAGCAGACAACCAGAUCUACAUAGCAGGGCACCCUGCAUUUGUCAACUAUUCCACCAGCCAGAAAAUAUCCCGUCCUGGAGACACAGAUGAUUCAAGGGGGGUCAACAAUGUGCUACUCUUCACCAUUCUGAACCCCAUCUAUUCGAUUACAACGGAUGUGCUGUAUACCAUCUGCAACCCGUGUGGUCCUGUGCAAAGGAUUGUUAUCUUCAGGAAGAAUGGGGUCCAGGCUAUGGUGGAGUUUGACUCUGUGCAGAGUGCGCAGAGGGCCAAGGCAUCUUUGAAUGGGGCAGAUAUUUAUUCUGGGUGUUGCACUCUAAAGAUUGAAUAUGCCAAGCCUACACGUUUGAAUGUGUUCAAGAACGAUCAGGACACCUGGGAUUAUACAAACCCCAAUCUCAGUGGACAAGGGGAUCCUGGCGGUAACCCGAACAAGCGUCAGAGGCAGCCCCCUCUCCUCGGGGACCAUCCUGCAGAGUAUGGAGGGCCUCACGGUGGAUACCACAGUCAUUACCAUGAUGAGGGUUACGGCCCUCCUCCGCCUCACUACGAAGGGAGAAGGAUGGGACCGCCUGUUGGUGGCCACCGCAGGGGCCCAAGUCGCUAUGGCCCUCAGUAUGGACAUCCUCCUCCCCCACCUCCGCCCCCUGAGUAUGGGCCGCAUGCUGACAGCCCUGUGCUGAUGGUGUACGGCUUAGACCAGUCCAAGAUGAACUGCGACAGGGUCUUCAAUGUCUUCUGCCUCUAUGGAAAUGUGGAGAAGGUGAAGUUCAUGAAGAGCAAGCCGGGCGCAGCCAUGGUGGAGAUGGCAGAUGGUUAUGCUGUGGAUCGAGCAAUCACUCACCUCAACAACAGCUUCAUGUUUGGACAGAAACUGAAUGUGUGUGUAUCCAAACAGCAGGCCAUCAUGCCUGGCCAGUCCUAUGGGCUAGAGGAUGGCUCAUGCAGCUACAAGGACUUCAGUGGCUCUCGGAAUAACAGGUUUUCAACCCCAGAGCAGGCCGCAAAGAACAGGAUCCAGCACCCCAGCAAUGUGCUUCACUUCUUCAAUGCGCCGCUGGAGGUGACGGAAGACAACUUUUAUGAGAUUUGUGAUGAGCUGGGAGCAAAGAGGCCAGCUUCUGUCAAGGUGUUUUCAGGAAAAAUGUUCCGAUCAGGUGAAAGAAGCUCUUCCGGCUUGCUAGAAUGGGAUUCAAAAAGCGAGGCCCUGGAGACCCUGUCAUUCCUGAACCAUUACCAGAUGAAAAACCCAAAUGGGCCCUACCCAUACACACUGAAACUCUGCUUCUCAACUGCUCAGCAUGCCUCGUAAGCGCUGCCCAGGACAGGCCAGGAACAGGAGCUUCCUUCCGUUCUUUCUGCUGCCUUUGAACAAGUUCUUGUAUUCCUUUUUUUUAAUGCCCCAGUUUAGUAGAAGUUACCCCUAGUGAAGACAUGUCAGCUGGGAGAAGUGAAGCGGUCUGGCUCCCACAUACUUUAAAUUUUUAAAAUUACUGUACAUGUGAUUUGUUUUCCCAUUCAUAUUUUGUGCUGCCUGUGUUACUGGCACAUUUCAAUAAAACUGUUUGGAAAAUAAAAAACAAA